CGAUCGUGAUGCCAGAUCUAGAGUAGCACAAUAUGCUGAGACUACCUCUGCAUUUUAGCGCGUGAAGGGUGCCUAGAACCUCAUACAAGUAGGUACAAAUCCGAUUUGCGGAUUCUCGGUGUGUAAUCUUUGGAGAAAAAUCGGUUGGCUUGAUGCCGUCGUUCAGAUCUGCAGGCUGGGUCACAAUGGCCUGCAAAUCUGGGAAUGGGAAUGUCUUGUGGCCGAACAUAUACAGGCAGAUGCUAUGCGCUAAAAAUUAAACUGCAGACAGGCUGAGAACGGACUGCAUUCCACUUAAUUAUGCCAUGUCCCGCCAAAGAGCCAUCGCAAAAUGUAACUAUCUAUGCAAGGCAAUGGAAUGGGCGUAUAGCGGUCAAGAGACCAUCCACUGCCAGGGAACUUUCGGCUAGCUGCUAUGGCCACGCGCCACAGGGGGGAUCUCUAAAAUUUUCCAAAUCCUGGGGUUCAACAAGAACAGAGCAGGGAACCUCUCCUCCCAUUGCUUGAGUAUUUACCAAUGUGGGGUUUGGUUGUUGGUUCCAGCGGUAAAUCCUCCGCCCUGGGACUCCUGGCUGGCGCCGCUAAAUCAAAAAUGGGUGCCGGACGAGAUAAUCAUCGGGAUACAUAUACUCUUCAUAGACCUGUAUCUUGGAGACUUGCAAGCUCACAAACGGCUCCCAGCACGCUUGUGCAACAACAUCAAACCAUAUGUAGGCGCAGAUGCAUUACAGCGCAUUUGUACAUACGGCCGAUGUUGCGUUUGGUGCAUAGGCGGCCCUAGAAAAGCCAACUUCAGGGGCCACCUCUCACUGGCAUAUCACCCUGUUGCCACUGUGCUCCAUAUGGGCGCCGAUGGCGCAGCGUUGCAGUGGCGGGAACCAGGAAGUCCACACCGGUUAUGGUCGAUCACCUUAUCGCUUUGUCACCGAAUGACUGGCCUGGCUGGCCAAGGCAUCUUAUAAAAGUGCCGUCCAAUCCCCUCUUGCGCGUUGACACGGAGCUUGAAGGCCAUUGCUGUGGAAGCCCUCUGGCAAAAUCAGGCUGCGACUUAUCUAACAAGGCUGACAAGUUCAACAACCUGUGCUCUCGACAUCGACUGUGGCAAACCCAAUUAGUACUAUAGUCAUUAUUUUUCAAGAAGAUUAAGGCCGAAUUCUGUGGAAUGUGACUCAACUAAUAGUCCUGCAUCAACGUUGGUUCCGGCCAUCGUCGCCAUUGUUCGGCCCUCAGUCUCGCUCAGCCGCUGGCCACCAACGAGGCCAUAGAUCUCACCAAGGGUUUAUCACUCGAGAAUUCCCCAUCGUCAAAAUCCACGCCAGUAAUCCAAUAAAACGACAAAAGUUGAAAAGAGGAUAAUACGCAAGAAGGAAAUUAAGAGGAAGAGGGGAUUCCUGCCUGAAUAUAAAUUGUGGGUAGCUCGCAUAUCCCAUUCGCGUAGAACCGGCAGUCUCACCCACCUUCAGGAGGGGAAUAUCCACCAAGCACUCUUACAGGAAGCCCGCUGGUCUCAACCGUCCCAAUCAAUAGCAGGAAAACUACUCAUACCGCUGCCGUUUGGCAGCCCAAUUGAAAUGGAUUCAACACGUCCGCAUCAGGCCACUCUGGCUGUGGAAGUCUUACACUACGGCUACCCUGCACUAUCGCUCCUGUAUUUCAUAUUUACAUCUACGCUUGGAUUUUGCACGACGCCGGCAGGUGCCAAGAAGAAAACCGAACAACAUGACAAACGACGAGCCCUUCUGUCACUUAUGGUCUUGGUUGUAGGAACAUAUGCUGCCAAUUCUGUCAAUAUCUUAAUUCGGACGCUCGUCGAUAAGCCAUGGGCCGCAGAGCAACACGAGACAGUUUACCUCGUCUCAUCCUUUCUGACAUGGUUAAUUCUGACUACGGCGCUUCUGGAGUUUGAGUUGCCCGUGUGGUAUCCUCACUAUGGAGCAUCAGCGAUAGCUGCUGUAUCUGAAAUCGCGCUUUUCAUUCUUUUCAAUAUCUUCAUUCGCAAGUAUGGACUGUUCGACUUGAUUUCGUUGUCUAUUCAAGGUGUACGGAUAUGUACGCUGGUAAUAUUGCUAUCCUUUUACAUCACACUUGGAAACCGCAAAAGUUUCGACGAAGACGAUGAAGAGCGCCAGUCUCUGCUGCCAGGUAACUCCAAGACCAACGGGGAUGCAAAUGGGAAUGGUUCCAGCUAUGGGGCUACAACAAACUCUUCAGAAACUGCAAACGAUAAUUCCAAGGACGGCAGUUCGUCCGACUCUGACGAGGAUGAUGUGUUAGCUAAGCGACGCAAUAAAGCCCAGGAACGAGUACAGAAACGAUUAGAGACGGACGGCAACUGGUGGGCAUAUGUGAAAGGCUUUUCGAUUUUUAUUCCACAUGUCUGGCCAGUCCAUGAUAGAUCAAUGCAACUUCGCGCUGUUGCAGUAGGGGCCUGUCUUUUGACGGGCAACUUUCUAAACAUGAUGAUUCCACGACAGCUGGGUGUGGUCACCGACGCUCUUGUCAAAGGAAAUUCUCCGUGGGUUGCGGCAACAGUAUAUGCCUCCCUGACAUUUUUGAAUUCCGGUAGCUGCAUUGGCUGGGUGCAGUUUUGGUUAUGGCGACCUCUUGAACAAUACGCUGAACAGUCACUGAGUACUGCAUCUCAUCAACACGUAAUGAGCUUGUCGUCGGAUUUCCACGAAGGCAAAGACUCUGCAGACAUUCACCGCGCCGUUAACCAGGGACAGUCAGUCACCAAGCUCGUGGAAAUGAUGAUUUUUGAAGUUAUGCCCAUGAUGAUUGAUCUCUCCGCCGUUUGCAUAUACUUGAACUACCUCUUUGGGCCAUACAUGGGACUCAUCCUAGCUGUUACGAGUGUCGUAUUUGUGUAUUGCACUACGAAGCUAGUGUCACUGGCGACCAACAAACGCAGGCAAUACAUGAAAAGCUACCGGAAAGAGUGGAUAUCAGUUUACACGAGCAUCGAUAACUGGCGAACGGCCAGUUACUUCAACAACAUCCCGUAUGAAGAAAAUCGGUACUCGUCAAAUGUGAAGAAUCGGUUGAGGCGAGAGAAGGACUACCGGUUGGGGAUAUUUCUUGUCGGCGCUGUUCAAAUCUUCGCCCUUACAGUCGGUCUCGUCGGUGCAUGCUUCCUUGCUAUAUACCAAGUCAUGCGCCAUGAGAGAUCACCUGGAGAUUUCGUCAUUCUUUUGACCUACUGGGCGCAGCUCAGGGGGCCUCUGACAUUUUUCAGUAACGCCUACAAGAAAAUAUCCGAGGCCCUGAUGGAUGCUGAGCACUUGCUGGAACUAUUUCGAGCCAAACCUACCGUCGUGGACAGGGAGGAUGCACAGCCAUUGGUUUUCAAAAAAGGUGAAGUGGUUUUUGAAGAUGUACACUUCCACUACGAGGCUCGAAAGGAGACCCUCAGAGACAUCAACUUUUCCGUCCCCGGCGGCUCAACGAUUGCUCUCGUGGGCGAAACCGGAAGUGGAAAAUCAACGAUACUCAAGCUUCUCGACCGAUUUUACGACGUUACUGAUGGCAGCAUAAAGAUUGAUGGGCAAGACAUCCGAGAUGUGACCGUAAGAAGUCUUCGAGACAAAAUUGGAGUGGUACCCCAGGAUCCAGACCUUUUCAACGAGUCCAUCCUGAAUAAUAUACGUUAUGCUAGACUGGGAUCUAGUAUUGAAGACGUCCAUAAAGCCUGCAAAGCAGCUGCUAUCCACGAUAAAAUCCUUUCGUUUCCUGACGGUUAUCAAUCGGUGGUUGGCAGUCAUGGGGUGCGACUUUCUGGUGGCGAGAAGCAACGCAUCGCCAUUGCUCGGGCAAUUCUAAAACGUCCAGAGAUAAUUGUUCUUGACGAAGCAACUAGCGCAGUUGACAGUGCUACGGAGCAGUUGAUACAGGACGCAUUUAGGGAACUGUGCAGAGGGCGAACCACUUUCAUUGUUGCCCAUCGCCUUUCCACGAUAAUGAGAGCAGAUCGCAUAUUGGUUAUCAAAGACGGAGAAAUUAUCGAAAACGGCUCGCACGACGAACUUAUCCAUGCAAAGGGCAAGUACACUGACCUCUGGUCGAAGCAGCUGCUUGUGAAGCCAGGAGAGAGCCUUUCGUCUCCUGGGAGCCCCAAAAAUUCCGACGCGACCAUUGUAAACGAUGUUCAAAAGCAAAAGGGAACCACGACUCUUGCUGCAGCAUUGAAAAAGACAGACCAUUCUGAGAAGGACUGCUCAGUAGCCUCAACCGAUGGAUCAAAGGUGCAGAAAACCAAACUCAAGGCGGACAGUCCGGAGUUUGUGCCUAUCCGCUUAAGGACUGCCACACAAGAACAGAACCAAAGUCCAGAAUCAAAGGGCAGUUUUGGUAGUGGGAGUUUGCAUGGUACUCAAAUCCAAGGCGAGAGCAAGGUUUUCUCAAACGGUUUCCAUGAAACAGCUGAGACGAAUGAUGACUCCAAGGGAGUGAGAUCAAGUUCCAAGCGCCCACUCUCACGGUAUGGGCGUCGAAAUCAUACGAAGAGCGACCCAGCAAACUAUGUGAAUGGCUCUUCGAACGAGACUGAGGCGUCUGGGAGUGGAAUAAACAGCUCCGAACCAUCGACGCGUGACAGCUCCAAGUGAUCCGCCGCCCGAUUAUUCGGACAGUCGAAGUCCGUCGCGAGGGAGGCCAUCCAGACGCGGUCGUCAUUGGAGGCUUAGGAGCAAGGUCAGUCGCGGCUCUGCUUUGUCGGAGCAGAGUAAAUCGCAGGACGGUUCGACUGAUACUGGGCCACCGCCGAUGGGUCUCUCCACCAUGCCUGCCGACCGUUUUCUGUAAUCUCCUGGUCAUACACACAGAAAUCUUUCGAGGCAGCAUGAUUGCUCUCGUGGAAUACCUGAGGGGCGGGAUAUCGCUAUGAUAUGAGCGAACAGCGAAAGGGGUGGUGAAAUUAUAGCAGGUUCAUAUGGGCGUCUGGAGGGAAGGGUUUCAAUUUCAUAUCACCGUUUGAAAAAGGCUGGAAUUACUGUUCACAUUCUUAUCCUAUUUGACAUUUGUCGGUCUAUACAAGCUGCGUCAGGGAACAUUUUUAGAGGUUUUAGAGGUAUAAAUGGAUUGGCGGCGAAGCGCAGGUGAACGUCAGCUUUGUAGUCUUUAGGUUACAGAAAAGUUUGGUUUCAGUAGUUAUUCUCGUUGGCGCAUCAUUAGAUUUGGUACUGUCUAUCUGUAUGCGCUCGAGGUUCUUGAGAAAUGUGUUGUGGUGAACAUUUAGGCCGGGGUGAUCGUGGCGAGGGUUCAAACACGUAAAGGCUGCC